AUGAUUAAAGAUAUAAUAAGAAGCUUAGUAGAAGCCAACAAGCCUGUUUACACACGCAUUGGGUUCGAGAGUACCGAUGAUUGGGCCUCAAUAUUUAAUCCCCCGGAUGCCGAAGUUUUUCAGACGAAAAAAUUUGAUCCAUUAGUCAAUUUUUUAAUUAAAUUUAAAGUUAACGGUCUUAUUAUUAACAGUGCAGACAUAUAUAAUAUUGGCGUAGAUGCUGUUGCACAAAAAAUUAGUGACUUCGUGUGUGAGAUUAAAAAAAAAGUUGAUAAAUUAAUAGUUGGUUUAAUGUUUUCUGGGUCGUUCUAUGAAAGUUUUACAAAUAUUACGUUAUUUGAUUUUACAAUAACAAAUAAAGUGUUGGAUCUUUAUAUUAUCGAUUGGUCAACAUUAAACAGUUGUGACAAAGAUGCAGUAAAAACUGGUAUCAGUCCAGUUACAUCAACUAAUCCGAAUACUAUAACUAUUGAAAAAGUUACUUGUAGUGUAACUAAUUCAAACAUGGAGAAAUCGAAAAUAUAUGGUAUGGUACAAAUAGUUCCAAUCAUUCCAUUAAAUCUUCUUUCAGCAGACGCUACGUAUGGUAUCACAACGUAUUCUAUAUAUUGUAGCAGUACCGAUAAAGCUAAUUCAUCUCAAUGGUGCACUAACCCUUCACAACUUUCAUAUGAUCAAGGAGUACAUGCAAAAAAAUUCUACGCUGGAAUUGUCCUAGAUCAGCUUGAUACAGAUGAUUACGAGAGCAAAUGUGAAUGUGGACCAUUUCCAGUAACAAACAUAGUUCUUGAUGGAUGGUCAGGAUGUCCUUUUAAAGCUUGUCCUAAACUAGAUCAAAAUUAA